ACCUCCAAGCCAUUUGAAAGUUCUCGAGUGAAUUAUGCAUGCAGAUCAGUGCCGACAAACAAUUUCCUAAAGCUCUGUAGAUUUUCAUCAUCCGGUUGCUGCGUAGCAACGACCUCCGCAGACAACUCAGCGAGAAUCUUCGAAGUAAAUGGGGAGCAGAGGCUCUCCUUGCUGGCAAAUAUCCCACUUGGAGAUCCGAUCUACGAUGCGACCUGGCUUCGUGGUGGAUCCGAUCACGAACUUCUAGCAGCUACCGCUAAGUAUCACCCAGUUCAUCUUUGGAGUAGCGAUGGCACCCGAUAUGCUUCCUAUAGGGGAAUCAAUCAUUUGGUGGGAAAAUUGGGCUUCUUACUGUCCCCUUUGUGA